ACACUUCAUAGAGGGAAAAACAAAAAGGAAAACUCGGAGUCCAUAGCUAAACAGAACAACGUGCAUCGAUCCAGCUUGGUACGCCAAUUGUCAAUUCAUUCUUUUGGGUUUUCCGAUUCAUAUCCAAAUCUCAAAUGGGUAUCGAUAAGUAUUCAUUAUAAUUACUUAAAUCCUUCGAAUUUUGUUUGUUUGCUUUCGCUGAUAAAUUUUCUCGGUAAUUCUUUGUUUUGCCUUCUUGAGUUGAAUUUUCCACAAGUGUGAUUUAUGUUGAUAUUGUGGAAAUAGGGUUUUUGAGAUUGGGGUUUUCGGUUUUUUAUUGAGGAUUCUGUGAUUGCCAUCUGGGUUUUUGACUUUUGAUUGAAAGUUAAAAGGUUUUGAUGCAAUUAGUAUUUUUUUUUUGUUCUUUUGGUGAUUUUUGAGUAAAUUGGAGUUGAAGAAAAUGGUCAACCAAAAUCAUGCUCGGAUUGAUACCUUAGAGCUAAGAUCUCUUAUUGUAAGAAAACUUGGGCAUCAAAGAGCUGAGAAGUACUUUGAUCAGCUAAGAAAGUUGUUUAAUUUGAAAAUUAACAAGUCCGAAUUUGAUAAAUCUUGCGUUAAGGUCAUUGGGAGGGAAAAUAUACCGCUUCACAACCGGCUUAUUCGAUCCAUUAUCAAGAAUGCUUGCGUCUCUAAAGUUCCGCCUUUGAAAACAAUUCGGAAAGUAGGAAGUAACCUUCAAGUCGGAAAUGGUUAUCAACGGAAUUGUCUUCAGUAUCUUUAUGGGGAUGCAUUUCCACCCUCCCCUUACAAAGGUCGGUCCCCUAUCAACCGGGAUCGAAAGUUUCGAGACCGCCCUAGUCCGCUAGGGCCACUUGGGAAGACACAGAGUGUUGUAUGCGAGGAGUCUGUUUCCAAGGCACAAGAGCAGAGUGCAACUGAAUUGCUUUCACUUGGGAGCAGACCUCCUCUUGAUGUUGCAUCCGUGGAAGAUGGAGAAGAGGUCGAGCAGGUAGCUGGAAGCCCUGGUGUUCAGAGUAGAAGUCCUGUUACGGCUCCUCUUGGUAUCUCCAUAAAUUUCAGGGGAGCUCGUAAAGCUCUUCCAAAUGUGUUCUCGUAUAAUAAUUAUCACCUCGAGAUAUGUCAAACUAAAGGUGAGCUACCAGAUACGAGAUCAUUAAGAAGUCGUUUGAAGAAGAAGUUGGAGUCAGAGGGAAUCAGCAUUUCGGUGAAUUGUGUUAACCUACUGAAUAAUGGCUUGGAUGCAUACAUGAAAAGAUUGCUGAAGGCCCCUGUAAAACUGGCAGCCGGGUUAAGGCCUCGAAGGUUACCUCCAAGUUACUUGCAACAAUCAGAAAGAUCUUUUUAUGUAUCGAUGCCUGACUUUUGUGCUGCAAUGGAACUAAAUCCACAGGUGCUUGGAGAAGAUUGGUCUAUGCAACUUGAGAAAAUUAGUCUUAGCUCUAUGGAAGAUUGAGGAGAACCUGGUUAAAACAUAAACCAGCAAUAUAGCAGCUUAGGAAAUUAUCAUUUGUGUCUUUCACGUUUAGAUUGAAAUAUAUAUGUGAUUCGGUUUCCUUUUUACAAUC